AUGGCAACGCACAACACCACCCAGCGUCUCCUCCGGGAACUGAAGGACUACACCAACAACCCCAAUGAAGCUCUUCUGCAUCUCGGGCCCAUCGAAGAGGAUGAUCUCCUCCACUGGGAAGCCGUCCUGAAAGGCGUAAAGGGCACUCCAUACGAAGGCGGCCUCUGGUCCCUCCACAUUACCAUCCCCCCAUCCUACCCGCUUACCCCGCCCACCAUCCGCUUCACCACCCGCAUCAGCCACCCCAACAUCUCCUUCACCACCGGCGAGAUCUGCCUCACCCUCCUGACGACCGAGCAUUGGAGCCCCGUCUACACCCUCUCCUCGACCCUCACCGCCAUCCACCAGCUGCUGACGGAUCCGCGCCCGGAAUCGCCGCUCAACGUCGACGUCGCCGCCCUGCUGCGCGACGGCGAUAUCCCCGCGUGGGAGAGCGUGGUGCGGUUCUGGACGGAGGAGGAGCGGUGGGUGCCGAAGUAG